GGGAGACGGACACAGCUACCGAGCAGCAGAUUGGCAGAAAUACGGGAGCACUGUUUCAUGUUCAUACUAACAAAAGGACAAGGAAACUGUAUCACCUGGACCGAAACAAACUCUUACACUGGGAGAAAGAAUUGUGGACCAAAAUAAACACACAAGCCUGAAAGACUAUAAGAAGAAUGGCAAGAAAAGUGACCGACCCUCGUGGAUAAAUUAGAGCGCGAACACUUAUGUGCUUAUGACUUGAGGACAUCACACCAUUUCUGAGAAACUCAUCACAAAUGUAAGAAGUAAUCAUAGCCCCAGACCACACCAGGAGACCGCAGUCACGGUCUUCAUGUGAGCUUAACCCCUGUAAAAAAAGAAGGAGAACAAUAAUGCAUUUUCUUUUGUAAUGACGUUCUAUUUAUUACAUUUGAAGCUAAAGUCAAACCAAACUUUGUUUGUUUUCCAAUACCCUACUACAAAAAUAAAAGGUGAAAAAAAACACAUUCACCGCACAGCCAAAACAAAGCCCUUUGGGAUAUUUCAGAACACAAGAUUUGGCCGAAGAAUUUAGAGAGUGAGAUACACACGAAGAGGGGGAUAUUGAAUUAUUUCUUACUUAAUUUCUGGAUUUUUUUUAUUAUUAUUAUUAUUAUUAUUAUUAUUAUUAUUAUUAUUAUUAUUAUUAUUAUUAUUUUUACAAACAUUAUGUCGAUGAAUGCACAUCUGUCAACCAGCCUUCCGUGAUUCACUGGAUUGGAAAUAUUUAUAUUUUCGUAAGGUUCUUUCUUCUACUCGUUUGGAUCUUUAAGUCCCCGGAACUAAGCCGGGAUGGGUUGUUUCUGUGUUGCUCAAGAGGAGUUUUACUGUGAAGUUCUCCUUUUGGAUGAAACCAAGUUGACAUUAACCACCCAACAGCAGGGGAUAAAGAAGUCAACGAAGGGGUCGGUUGUCCUGGACUACGUAUUCAAUCAUGUAAACCUGGUGGAGACAGAUUACUUUGGACUGCGUUUUUGUGACAGGAGUCAUCAGACGUAUUGGCUGGACCCUUCAAAGACCCUUGCUGAGCACAAAGAGUUAAUAAACACAGGACCCCCCUAUACUCUGUACUUUGGUGUAAAAUUUUAUGCAGUUGACCCCUGUAAACUUAAAGAAGAAAUAACAAGGUAUCAGUUUCUCUUGCAAGUCAAACAAGAUGUCCUUCAAGGACGCCUGCCCUGCCCUUUCAAUAUCGCAGCACAACUGGGUGCUUAUGCCAUCCAGUCUGAACUUGGAGAUUAUGAUCCCUAUAAACACACAGCAGGCUAUGUGUCAGAAUAUCGCUUUGUCCCAGAUCAGAAAGAGGAGCUUGAGGAAGCAAUUGAACGGAUUCACAAAACUGUAACAGGUCAAGUUCCUGCAGAGGCUGAGGCUCAUUAUUUAGGAGUCGCUAAAACACUGGAUAUGUAUGGAGUGGACCUCCACCCUGUAUUUGGAGAAAACCAGUCCGAAUAUUUUUUAGGGUUAACACCAAUCGGAGUUGUGGUGUACAAGAAUAAAAAUCAAGUCGGAAAGUAUUUCUGGCCAAGAAUUACAAAGGUUCAUUUCAAGGAAACGCAGUUUGAACUCCGGGUGCUGGGAAAAGAUUGCAAUGAGACAUCUUUCUUUUUUGAAGCACCAAAUAAAACGGCUUGUAAACACCUCUGGAAAUGCUGUGUAGAAUACCAUACAUUCUUUAGAAUGCCAGAAAAUUAUUCCAACUCCUUGACAAGAAAGUUAACAAAGUUUGGUUCCCUUGGAUCAAAACAUCGAUACAGUGGAAAGACAGCUGUGCAAAUGAGCAGACAUCAGUCUAUUGAGCUGCCACGGCCAGACUUACAAGUACAAAGAACUCGCAGCAAAACAUACCCGAAAAGGACAACUCAGUCUCAACAAGCAGGACCCAACAAUGGGAAUCGAACUGACACAAAGACUGAGAACGGAAAAAGUGACGCAACUACUAAGAUUAUUGCCCCUUCUCCAGUAAAAAGUUCAAAAAUUAUAAAACCAGACAGCAGUCCAGAAACACAGCGUGGGAAAACUAGUGCACCCUGGGAUGAGAACAGGCCACAGAGUGGUUUAUAUAAUUCUCCAAAUGAGCGAAAAAAAUCACCAAAAUUUCCAAACCCACGAAGACGGACCCCUUCUGGUGGAAGUGAGAACGACGCUGUGCAGCCAGCGAGACGCAGGAAAGGCCAAAAUAAUGAUGAGACAGAUUUAAAACAUGGCAGAAGGUCACGUUCCCGUGGAAACACCAGCAGCGGGAGUGAGUCAGAAAAUUCCAACAGGGAUCAUCGAAAAAAAAGAAAUAGGUCACGCCAGGAAAAUGAAAUGGUGGAUUCAGCGCCUCAGUGGGAAGCUGUGUUGCGACGGCAGAAGGAGAGGUCUCAGAAUGACCCUAACUACAGGCGAUCCAGACACCGGUCACGAUCGAGAAGCCCUGAUGUUCAAGCUAAAGAAGAACUAUGGAAACAUAUUAAGAAAGAACUUGUAGAUCCAUCUGGUUUAACUGAAGAGCAGUUAAAGGAAAUCCCUUACAAGAAAGUGGAAACUCAAGGUGACCCUGUCAAGAUCAAGCACUCCCAUUCACCGAGGAGCUUCCGACAGCACCGCCGCUCCCAGUGCUCUGAUGGAGAGAGAUCUGUGCUUUCAGAAGUAAACUCAAGGACUGACCUGGUUCCUCCAUUACCUGUUACUCACACAGCUGAUUCCCAGGGCCCUAGAGGUCCUCCCUCCCAACAGAAGAAAAAUGGAUCUAAAGAUAAUCUUUCAGAAAGCACUGAGCUGGAUGUAAAAUGCAGCACGAAGAUUGUGAAAACAGUUCACACAGCAAGGCUGAAAGCAGAAACGUGACCUCCACCCAGGAGUAUUUAAAACACAUCUGCUAUUGCUUGAAACCGAAAACGUGAAUGUUCCCAAGAUCUCAUCUCUCCCACAAUCCCAGGGAGGAGUUAAAUUAAACAAAUUGUACAUAGAAGCUGUAACAUCGCCAUUCAUCGCGUUGUAGAACAUUUUAUUUCACUGGUUCUUUACUUCAGCAAACUGUUGAUCUGUACAUCUGCUUCUUGCAUGGUAAUAAACUACAAUAUACA